AUGAUUAUCGACAGUGGCAGACUCUAUGGACCUCACGUAAUAGCAGCGGCCAAAAAAGCUGAAGCUAGAGCGGCAUGCCUAGCAAGACUGAUGCCUAACAUUAGGGGACCUGAUAGCAGCAAGAGGGCGAUACUAGGAGGAGUGGUACAGUCCAUCCUACUGUAUGGAGCUCCGAUUUGGUACCCAGCCAUGAGGAUGGAGAAGUACAGGCAAAUUCUGAUUAAGACCCAAAGAAAGAGCCUAGUACGGAUCAUAUCUGCGUACAGAACAGUGUCUGCAGAAGCGGCACAGGUCGUAGCAGGCAUGAACCCUAUAGACCUUCUUGCUGCGGAAAGGAAAUACACCCACGAGAGGAGUGGCGGCACGAAAGAGAAGGGCUAG